AUGUAUAAGGCGUUCACAAAGUUGCGGUCGGCCGGUCUUUCUCGGCGGUCUGAGACGGUUGGCGUGGUGGUCGGUGGCCGCCACACUGCGGAGAAAGACCCACUUUACUUGUCCGGGAGUAUAUCGGCACCUUCUGCGGUUCAUGAAGAGGGGGUUGACCAGCAACGAGGACCUCGGGUAUCUGAGCUACAUCGUCGACCGGCUCCACUGUGGCUGUGCUUGUCGCCUGUUCUUGCUUCUGCUCCACCGUUCCUGUUUGCCUCGCCUGUACCGAUAAGGUGGGUUCCUUGGCCUUCUCCGUGUCAAUGCGCGUCUCCGACUCUUGUCGUCGCACCUUCUUCUUCCACGAAUUUCUUCUCAAGUGUUUUGGUGGCUCCCAACCACGCUUGGAUCAGCAUGAGAAAACUGCGUGUUUCUCUGAGUGUUGCUGCCAGUCAAAACUUUUCUACGUCUGAAGGCCGUAGAUUCGCCAAAGCUGCGAUUACUAGCAUGUUGAGUCAGUACGAUGCUGAAGCUUUGUUUGGCCAGGCAAAAAGUUUUCCUGGUAAUGAGGCAUUCGUUGACCUUUCGGUAGUAGAUUGGCCGAGCCAGAGCACUGGUCUUCUGCAAGUACUCGAUUUUGAACAAGCUGAAUCGAGAACUGGUCCAAGCAACGCAGCCGAGGGUUCGACUGCUCCUGGUCCUGGUACCGGUGACGGUUGUUACACCCAGGCUUCCUUCGAGACUGCUUAUAAUUUGAACUGA